AUGUCAUCAAGCCGGUCCACGGAAGGAGAUAAAAAUCACACCUCUGUGGCCAUGUUUGUUCUCCUAGGACUUUCACGUGAAAAAGCGGUACAGCUUAUCUUCUUUCCAAUCUUCCUAGGGGUCUACCUGGUAACCCUCAUCUGGAACCUGGGUCUCAUCAUCCUAAUCAGGAUGGACUCCCACCUUCACACACCUAUGUACUUUUUUCUCAGUUUCCUGUCAUUUAUAGACAUCUGCUAUUCUUCUUCUACCAACCCAAGAAUGCUUUCAGAUUUCUUGAAAGAAGAAAAAAUGAUUUCAUUUAUUGCCUGUGCGACCCAGUAUUUUGUUGCAUCCUGGAUGUGUCUCACUGAGUGCUGUCUUUUGGCUGCCAUGGCCUAUGACAGAUAUGUUGCUAUCGGUAGGCCUCUGCAGUACUCAGCCAUCAUGGAUCCUGGCCUCUGUCAGAAGAUGGUUGCUGGGGCCUAUGGGAGUGGUUUCCUUAGUAGCUUAGCUGAAACAAUCCCUUGCUUUCAUCUCUACUACUGUGGGCCCAAUAUCAUUCCAAAUUUCUUCUGUGACAUAACCCAGAUUAUUUCCUUGUCUUGCUCCAAUCCCUUCAUCAGCCAAAUGAUUCUUUUUCUGGUAGCUUUUUUAAUUGGGUUUGGGUCUUUUCUUGUUACCCUCUUAUCCUAUGGUUUCAUUGUAGCUGCCAUCCUGAAAAUAUCCUCUCUCAAAGGUAGUGCAAAGGCCUUCAACACUUGUGCCUCCCACCUGGUAGUUGUGGCAAUCUUCUAUGGAACAGGCCUCUCAGUGUACAUGCAUCCUAGCUCUAGCCACUCUGAGAAGCAGGACAAGGUGCUGUCAUUGUUCUAUGUUAUCCUUAUCCCCAUGUUAAACCCUGUUAUUUAUAGUCUGAGGAACAAGGAGACCAAAGAGGCCCUCAAGAGGGUGAUAAAGAGGGCAACACAUUUACUUCAGUAA